UCCUAUCAGCAUUGGUCUCCGUCGCAAGCAGUCGAGCACAAAUAGCACCAGUGUUUUAUGUAACUUUUUCCCUCUUGACUUCACUGUUUCAUACGGAGUACUCAAUUUUUUCGGCUUUAGGGGUUCGGGAACAGUGGUGGAGUUAGGGAGUUAGUGGACGAGAGGAUGGAGCCACCGGUUGCUGAUGGCGGAGGCGACGGAGGAGGAGGAGGAGGAAGGAGGCAGCAACCUCAGCAGGCGGGUAUGGGGCAGAUGCUGACUGGAAUAAUUAGAAUGGCGGUUUUCUGGUACUUCGCAUCGAAGUUCUUCAGCCCCAAACGAGCCCCUUCCGAUCCCUCUGCCCAGAUCUCCAAUCUAUUUCAUAAGGGCGAGCCCAUGGAUAUGUGGUUAUACAUAUCAGAACAAGAAAAGUUCCAUGAAUUUGGCAGUGAAACAGCACUCAUUUGGCAUGAGACAAAUAUUCCUUAUGCUGUUUGGUCACCUGAAAGUACGAGAUCUCUCUCUUUGGAGUACGUUCCAACUGAGGCGUUGAAACACAAUGGGAGUCUUUAUGCUCAUGUUUUCUUUGCUCGCUCUGGGUAUCCUGCAGAUCCCAGUGAUCCAGAGUACCAGCCAUCAGCAACUUUUGGAAGGACACAUUCUGUUGUCACAUAUUUACCCAAGUCAAAGGCUGAUAAGAAAAAGAGCCUGUUAAGCAAUUCUGAAGAUCCUAAAGAUCAAUCAGAUGCACCCAAGGUAUUGGAAGAAGACCCUACUGACACCAAAGAGGAUGUCCCAAUUGAAUGGGUUUCAUAUUGGAAACCCAAUCUUACUAUCAAUUUGGUUGAUGAUUUCACUAGAUAUAAUCAGAAUGCAAUCCCACCAAAUAUUGCUCCUUUCAUGAACAUUGAUCCUACUACAGGAGACUACUAUCCUACUGUAUUCUUCAAUGAGUUUUGGUUACUUAGGAACAAGUUAAUACCCAUCAAUGAUACAGUAACAAAGUUGCCACUGCAUCUUGAGGUUAGUCCCAUAAGCAUGACAAAGUGGCAACUGUUCCUGCAAAUAGAUCAAUCUUUUCAGAUUCACCGGAGCUAUGGAAGCAUGAUUGAAGGCGAGUCUGAUGAACUGAAGAGGGUCUUUUUGGAAGGGAACCCAUACCUUCUUGUGGUUACAAUGGUUGUAUCACUGUUGCAUUCUGUGUUUGACUUCUUGGCGUUCAAGAAUGAUAUUCAGUUUUGGAACAAAAACAAGUCCAUGGAAGGUUUAUCUGCAAAAUCAGUUGUUGUGAACUUUAUUUCCCAGCUCAUUGUCUUCCUUUAUUUACUCGACAAUGAAACUUCAUGGAUGAUUCUUGCAAGUUCUGGUGUUGGUUGUUGCAUUGAGUUCUGGAAAAUAGGAAAGGCCAUGCACAUAGAGAUUGACAGGUCUGGUAAGAUACCUAUGCUGAGAUUCCGAGAUCGUGAAUCAUAUGCUGGGAACAAGACAAAAGAAUAUGAUGAUCUAGCCAUGAAGUAUUUGUCAUAUCUCCUCUUCUUAUUGGCUGGAUGCUUUUCAAUAUAUUCUCUAAUGUAUGAACGCCACAAGAGUUGGUACUCUUGGAUUCUCUCUUCCCUUACAAGCUGUGUUUAUAUGUUUGGUUUCAUCAUGAUGUGCCCUCAGUUAUUCAUUAACUAUAAGUUAAAGUCGGUUGCUCAUCUGCCUUGGAGGCAGAUGACCUACAAGUUCCUGAAUACAAUUAUUGACGAUCUCUUUGCAUUUGUGAUAAAGAUGCCUACAUUGCACCGCCUCUCCGUCUUUCGAGAUGAUUUGAUAUUUCUCAUAUACCUUUACCAAAGGUGGGUUUAUCCUGUGGAUAGAAAACGGGUUAACGAAUUCGGGUUUGGUGGCGAGGAAGAUGACAAGGCCACUAGUAGCACAGUCGUCACAGCACAGAAUGAAGAAGAAAAGAAAACUAACUGAUCCCACUCAUUUUGAUAGCUUAGCUCAUCCCAAACUUGUUCUAUUUUUGUUUUAGUUUUUGACUACUUUUGAAAGCAGAUAGUACGCGUGAAUGCGUGAUCGCCUUUAAUUUACUGGAGUGAGGCUUUUUUUUCAAUACAGGCUGGUUUUGUACUUUUAUACUACCGACUGACUGUAUAUUUACUCCCAACUAUGUGAAGAAGGUGGAAGGAAAUGGAUAAAGGUUUUUAAAUUUAGAUA